AUGCCGUCAGCCGUCACUGCCCUAGUCCCCGCAUCAUCCUAUGCCGCCGUGCAGGAUGCUAUCACGAAAACCAUCUCAAAAGCUCAACGAAGUACACCUGUGCCGAGAUCAACCCAGGUCCUUGUUCGUGUGAAUUACUCAGGAGUUUGUGCUUCGGACCUGCAUCUGAGCAGACGGGACCUUCCUUAUCUUCAACCUACUGUAUCAAUCGCUGGACAUGAAGGUACUGGAAGAAUUGUUUCUUUAGGUCCUGACGUCGAUGCCAAUGUAUGGAAAAUUGGCGACCGAGUGGCAGUCCGCUGGCUACACAAGGUAUGCCGAGAGUGCGAGAUGUGCACGACUGGAUACGAAAAUCUAUGCCCGAACCGACAAGUAAGUGGCAAGGAUGUGGAAGGAUGCUUCGCUCAAUACGCCCUGGCGGACUCAGAAUACCUUGUUCGUCUCCCAGAAGGCGUCAGUGACGCUGACGGCGCCCCGAUACUUUGCGCAGGGGUAACCGUCUGCAAGGCUCUCAAAAUCGCACAGCUACGUAAGAGAUCGUGGGUCGCCGUGGCUGGAGCGGGGGGCGGCCUCGGGCAUCUUGCCAUUCAAUAUGCAAAGGCAAUGGGGUUAAGACCACUUACGCUGGACGCAAAGAAGAGGGAGAUCUGUCUCAGCCUUGGUGCAGAAGCUUAUAUCGACGUCCUGGAAACUCCGGACGUCGUUGCAGAAGUCCAAAAUCUGACCGAUGGCGGUGUAUCUGGGGCAUUGAUCUGUGCAUCCAAUGGAAGAGCAUAUGCCGAUGCGGUGAAAUAUCUUCGGCGGUCUGGCACUUUGGUUUGCAUCGGCCUACCCCCGAUACCGUCGCCCAUACCAGUUUUCCCUGAAGAUUUCAUAGCGAGAGGCAUAAAGAUUGUGGGAACGUCAACAGGAACCCUCAAGGAUACUGAAGAAGCUCUAGAAUUUGUCGCUCGUGGCCAAGUAAAACCAAGGCUGGUGGAGAGAUCAUUGGACGAUAUUGCUCAGGUUUUGGACGAUAUUGAGCAGGCUAAAGUCGAAGGAAGAGUGGUUGUCAAGAUAGAGUCAUAA